AUGGACGUAUAUGAAGUGCGGUUCCUGGUCCUCUUAAAGCUUCCCCUAGCGGACAUCCUCAAGUGCAGCACCCUCAACCUCCUCUGGUGGCGCACCGUGCAAAGUCCACAACUCUGGACUGAGUUAUACAUUCGCGACUAUAUAGUACGACGUGAAAGUGCGCGGUCGCGUCGGCGAUGGCAGGAAGUGAACCACCCGCAGAACCCACUGUUGUAUUCUCGAGCAUUAUGUCGGCGAGAGUCGAGUUACCCGUGCGCGUUUAGUUACGUGGCGCGUCUCUGGCUCGACCACAUGGAGCAUCCAGCGCAACACAUUGGCACACUGUCGGCGUUGGCUAAAUUGCCAGACAACGCACGUUUCUGCAUGGGGCUUCAGUGGGCCUCCUACCUCGUCUAUUCCACCGUCGUCGCAGUGUUCCAGAAGCUCGCCGUCGAACAUGCCACUACCAAUCCCCGGACUAACGCCACGGAGACUGUGGCGGCCGCGGACCUGGGCCGAGCGGUUCAGACCGGAGCUGCUCGCUCCGAGGCCGUUCAGUCGGAGGCCGCUCGGUCGGAGGCCGCUCAGUCGGAGGCCGCUCGGUCGGCGGCCGCUCGGUCGGCGGCCGUUCAGUCGGAGGCCGUUCAGUCGGAGGCCGCUCGGUCGGAGUCCGGGGCGUUGAAGGACACGACCAGAACAGUCGGGGGAACAAGUCCUCUAGCAAGGGGAGUGACCGGUACCACGUUGAUACUGAGUGCCCGGUUUGGUAGUACCGAGGUCAGCAGUGCGCCGUUCGGUAGUACCCAGUUUGGUAGUGCCCAGUUUGGUAAUAAAAGUUUUCAAGAAGGCAGCUCCGGAUCCACAGCGGCCUCGGACGACGAACAGCACGUGUGCGGGAUCCAUUGCCAUCUCGCCUACCCCGAUGAGGAGAACAAUCCGGGGAUGCUCCUCUGUCCGCUGACCGGCAUGCUCAUCAAUGCCAGUCAGAUCAACGAAAGCAGAAAGAGCUUUCUCGUCGAGUACACAACACUGCUCUGA